AUGACCAAUUUGGAACUUACCUUAGAAAUGGGUAGACAAGUUAUUGUGCCACAAUCAUUGCUAAAAGGUCAAACAAGCUUGAAGAAGUUCGAAAAUGGAGAAAUAUGUGUUAAACUUUUGGGUGUUGUGUUCGUUUGGAAGAAUCAGAAGGAUAAGAUUACAAUGUUCUUAUUCCAAGUUUGUGAUGUGGAAAAGUAUGCGAAUUCUCAGUACACGAAUCUUCUUGUUCGUAUACAUAACUGCAAAAGAAAUAUAGAAGGAGAUAAAACAGAGAUUCGAAUAACAAUCGGUUGGCACAUGGAGAUUCGAAGAGUACUUCAUCAAGCUACAAAUUUGUUAAUGAAUUAA